GUAAAAUGUGUUUUAAAUUAGCAUGAGGAUCCAACAUAUUAAAUACUAAGAUGAACUUCUGAUUAAUAAACAAAGCUACAUAUAUGAUAGCAAACCCACAUAUCUGUUUUAUUUCAUGCAUGCGAAAACGGUAACCAUUCGCCAAGCAUUUUGCCAUGGUUUGUGGUCACCAACUAAACCCGAUUUCCUUUUCGCUCUUGGCUGUCUUCCCUCUUGUGAGCAACACACAGCUUUGCGCUAUGCUUACCAACGUGAUGUAUUGAGCUCAAUGGUUGGGAAGUUGCUUAUUCGUGGAACGGCUGUACGACAUUUUGGAAUUCCUCCGUGUAACGUUAAACUGGAACGUUCAUCUGAGGGAAGACCUUAUCUGGUAGAUCAUUAUGACAAGCUAGACUUUAAUAUAUCACAUGGUGGUGAUUUCACCAUUAUUGCAGCAACUUCUGAGGGAAGAUGUGGCACCGAUGUCAUGCGCAUUGAGCUACCACCAUCCCAGACAUCUGUUAGAGACUUUGCAUUGAAAAUGAAAAGCGUCUUUUCCGCGAUAGAAUUGGAUCGUAUUUUAUCGCCUGAUUGUGAGAGUGAACGAAUAAAACGUUUUUAUGAACACUGGUGUCUCAAAGAAGCAUAUGUCAAAGCUUUAGGCUGUGGGAUUCGCAUUCCUUUACGCACUGUGGAGUGUCAUUUCCCUGAAGAUGGCUAUCUGUUUGCACACCGAAAGCUUACAGACGAAACAGAAAAGCGCUGGGUUUUUGAGAAGCAUAAUCUGCCCCAAAAUCAUCUGGCAAUUAUCGCUUGGUCCGGAGUUUCAAAUAUGGACUGUGAUAUUAACGGUUCAUUCAUACAGUUGACAUAUGAACAACUAAUAAACAAGUUAACAAUUCUAUCUCCCGUAGACAGUGAUGUUUGGGAUCAGUUUUUAAGCAAGCCGAAAGUACCACCCUCAUCUCGUCAAGCAAUUCAAAAUCAAUAA